CGCGAGCGCAGGAAAAGAGCGAGCGCGAGCUGUCGGACCGCAGUGCCGCUGCCGCCGCCGCGAGGGAGGAGCCGCUGCGCGAGCUGCCAACCGUCCGCGGCGGUCACGAGGCGCCUGACCGAGUGACCGACGGCAGCGAGCGGCGACGCGUCGUACGGCCGGGCGGGCGGGCUCCAUGGCGAGGCGCGGCUUCUCCGGUAGCAGCGGCGCAGCUUCCCCGGCCCGCGGACUCUAGUGUCGCCGAAGCAGCCUGUCGCUCGCGCGCCCCCCGCAGCCCCGGCCUCGGCUCCGGCCCUCGGAGCGCCUGCCUUCCUUCCUUCCUUCCUUCCUUCCUUCCUUCCUUCCUUCCUUCCUUCCUUCCUUCCUUCCUUCCUUCCUUCCUUCCUUCCUUCCUUCCUUCCUUCCUUCCUUCCUUCCUUCCUUCCUUCCUCCCCCCUCCUUUCUUCCCCCUUCUCUUCCCCUCUUUUCCCCUUCCAUCCUUCCCCGCGCCCUCGGUCGGGUUGGCGGCGGCCGAGCCCCGGCGAGAGAAGGAGGAGGAGCGGGAGGGAUCCGCCUCUAGGAUGAAGUUUAAGCCGAACCAGACGAGGACCUACGACCGCGAGGGCUUCAAGAAGCGGGCGGCCUGCCUGUGCUUCCGCAGCGAGCAGGAGGACGAGGUGCUGUUAGUGAGUAGCAGUCGGUAUCCAGAUCAAUGGAUUGUUCCUGGUGGAGGAAUGGAGCCCGAGGAAGAGCCAGGUGGAGCUGCAGUAAGAGAAGUGUAUGAAGAGGCUGGUGUCAGAGGAAAAUUAGGCAGACUUCUGGGGAUAUUUGAGCAGAAUCAAGACCGCAAGCACCGCACUUAUGUGUAUGUUCUUACUGUCACUGAAAUCUUGGAAGAUUGGGAGGAUUCUGUUAAUAUCGGAAGGAAGAGAGAAUGGUUCAAGGUUGAAGAUGCCAUUAAAGUUCUUCAGUGUCAUAAACCGGUACAUGCUGAGUAUUUGGAAAAAUUGAAGUUGGGCUGCUCACCGACCAAUGGGAAUCCCAUGGUUCCAGCUCUCCCAGACAACAGUUCUUUGUAUGUAACUUCUGCACAGACGGGGCUGCCAUCUUCUGUAAGAUAAAGAUGUAGGUGACCAUACAGUGUCACAGGGAGAAGGCUUCUGUGUUUGAUAUCCACAUGUUUAAACUAUCUGAAUUGUCCUCCACUAUGUAUUCAGGCAGUUUUCAUAUUUUUCAGAUGCUUUGAAAUAUUUCCCUUUUUCUUUAACAGUAUAAAAAUAUUUCAGUAAACCAAAGCCAUAUGGAUUUUUUUAAAAGAUGCCUUAAAUGUGUGCCCUCUUUCUUUCCCCAAAUACAUUUUUGUUUUUGAUUUUCAGAUCGCUCUGCAUUCUGGUUUUUGUACCAAUCUACCUGGUGUUAUCUAGAGGGUUUUUUUAAGGAAAUCAAGGGGGCAGAGACGACUAGGUACUUUUCAUUUCAAAAGAUCAAAAGGGUUAUAGUGCCACUUUGUUUCAGAAACAUUGUAGACCUCUCUUGGAAUUUAGAGAGAAUAGAUGUGUAUCAAACACCAUUUCUCUACUAUUAGAGGGUAUUCUUUUGUAUACGUGUGGUAUCUUUCCUUCAAGAUUUAAACAUAGGAGUGUUUAUCAGAGCUGAGCAUGGAUGACAUUUCAGUAGGAGAUGCCACUAUCAUAAUACAUGCAACCCGGAAAUAAUAGAAAACAGGCUCGUAAAACAGCAUUACGAUUCAUCUUCAACCUCCCUUUGAUUUAUUAUCCUUUUGUGCAGAAUGCCCUAGGCAAAACCUGAGUUAUUGUUUUUUUAAUGGGAAAAAACCUCCUUUGUACAAUUAGUCAUUUUCAUUGUGAACUACCUUUUUAAUUGGUUUGUUUCACUAAUCCCCUGCUACAAAUAGCACACUGGCAUCAAGCUCAAAUACUUUCUCAUUCAGUUUCUGCCAUUCCUUUUAGUCCCUGGGAGCUUCGUUAUCUUUCCUGGUAGUAGCCAACGGAAUUUAAGAUACCUAGGUAUAUCAUGGGGAGCUUACCUUGUUUCAGAACCUUUUAAAUGUUCUUUAAGCCCUCAACUUUCACUCCCAAUGAAAAUUUAGGAAUGGGACACUUGUAUUUCUUCAUUUGGAAAAAAAAGAUUGUGAUUGGGGUUUUUAAGUUCUUUUUGUUCUUAAAACUUUUAUGACACCUAAAACCAAGAAUCCCAUCUAAAAUGCAAAUACCUCUUCCCUAAUCAGGUCAGAACUGAGGUUUAAGUAUAAAAACCUUUAACAUUUUGAAAAGAUGUGGGGUUAAAAAUCAUCCUUCUUUAAACAUUUGUAAAUAUUCUAAAUGGUAAAUAGUGAGUGUAAAGUGGAAAGUACAUGUAAUUUAAACACUUUGUUAUUCAGUACACAAAUCGUUAACCUACUUUUAAAACACAAUUGUGUAAAAUGCUGCUAUAAAUUAAAAUUGAGUGCUGUUACACUUUUAGGAAUUAUUGGUGCCACAGUUUAAAAUGAGAUCUUGUGCCAUUCAAACACACCAGAUCUUAGUACAAGUUCUAAUUCACAUGAAAAUAGGUUUUUGAAAAUGUAUUUACUACUAACCAAAAGAAAUGAAGAAAGAAAAAAAAUGAACAUUUGGAGGAUUUCCUAUUCUAAAUUAUGUAUCCCAUAAAUUGACUUAGAAAAAUCUCAUGGGCUAAAUGUUUCUCAGAGUAACUUAGUCAUUUGAGAAGUUUCUUUGAAUUACAAACAGCCAAAAGAAACUGGAUUUUUGUUUUAUGGACUCAAUUUUUGUACAUAAAACUACUCCCACUUAACAUUCUAUGACACUGGGGAUUUUAAAAAAGCUUGUACAUGGUAUUCUUAGAGGUAAUAAUGCAUGAUCUUAUUUUGUAACUCAAACUAUGUAUUUGAUAAACGAUGUAAAAAUGUACAGUAUUGAUGUUAACCAACUCAUAAGAGUUGUUAGCCUAUAAAUAUUUUUGUUGUAUAAUUUUUUGGUCAGAACAUUUGGGCUUGGUAGUGCCACAUCAGGAUUCCUUAAGGUCGUUCAGUGUACAGAUCUCUUUAGUGUCUAUGCAACUUGCAAAAUUCCCUUAAUUUUGAUUCCUAAUGCUUCUCUUUUUAUGAUUUAACAGAACAUUUUACAGUUGUCAUAUUUCAAAGUAAACAGUGUAUUGCCACAGG